AUGGCAACCAACGGCGUUAACGGAGUCAGUGACUCACGGCCAGUCUUCUUCUUUGAUAUUGACAAUUGUCUAUAUUCUAAAUCUUGCAACAUCCACGAUGAGAUGCAGGCAUUGAUCAAUAAAUUUUUUGUCAAACAUCUCGACCUUAAAUCGGAAGAUGCCCAUAUGCUACACCAGAAGUACUACAAGGAGUAUGGACUGGCCAUUGAAGGCCUUACCCGCCACCACAAGAUCGACCCGCUUGCAUUCAACUACGAGGUCGAUGAUGCUCUACCUCUUGACAACAUCCUCAAGCCUGAUCCCAAGCUGCGCAAAUUGUUAGAGAACCUGGACACAACAAAGGUGAAGCCGUGGCUGCUCACGAACGCCUAUGUUAACCACGCAAAACGUGUGGUGAAGUUGCUCGGUAUCGAGGAUCUGUUUGAAGGUGUUACUUAUUGUGACUAUGGAAGUUUGCCCUUGGUCUGCAAGCCUAGUCAGGAUAUGUACGCCAAAGCGGAGAAGGAAGCUGGUGCCCCCAGCACGGAUCAGUGCUAUUUUGUUGAUGAUUCCUACUUGAAUUGUGUACAUGCGCAUGCUCGGGGAUGGACUACCGUUCACCUCGUCGAGCCAGGUAUCCCCAUACCACACAAGCCAGCUGCGAAGUACACGAUCUCUAGCCUCAAAGAGCUUCCAGUGCUAUUCCCCCAUGCUUUUAAACAGCAACAAGAAAACGGUGGUGCUUAG